AUGAAAGAUGAUUUUUAAUGUAACAUCGUUUCUGAUAAAAGUGAUGAUGAAAUUAAAGUGAAGAACCAAUAAAUAAAUCAAUUGAAAAUGGAAAUUGAAAAUUAAGUAAAAUUGGCAUCAUUAGACUAAAUUUAAUCGAAUGCCAAAAUUUUGUAUGAUGAAUUUGAAAUCGAUAUAAUUUCAUAAGACGAUAAAAAAAAUAUGUACAUGAGUCAAAGUAAAGAACUAAAUAAUUGGAAUGUCAAUAGAAAAUAAGAAAUUUAAUAUUUGGAUAAAGUCUGCAAUCUUCGAUAAAUAAAUUAGACUAAUUUAGCAGGCAGUGGUUCUUAAUAGUUUUAGCAAGCUAAGAUAUAAUACAAUAUUCAAUAAAAUUAUAUUAGUGAUGAUAGCAAUAACACUGAUGAUAAUACGGAUGAAGUAGAUAGUUAGGAUGCUUAAUAAAAUAAACCUCAUUAUAAUGAGAAUUAAUCAAAGGUCAAUAAUAAAGAUUAAAAAUAAGCAGAGAAGAUAACAGAUAGAGCUCAAAAGUAGGCAUGGUUAAUGAAAAAUAGAGUGAAAAGACAUGAAAAUUAAGGUGAAAGUUUUGAUGUUCUAGAAAUAGUAAACAAUGGAUAAAAGACAGAACCUAAUCUUUUUGAAUAAGGAUUAUUUAAAAGGAGUGAUUAUGGUGCUUAGCAUACUUCAUAAUAAUAGUUAUAAUUUAAAAAAGAACUAUACAAAUCAGAUUUUGGAAGAUCAUAAUUCUAAUCAAGUGUGAUUAAAUCAAAUUAAGAACAAAAGUAAAUCGACCAUUUAGAAUCUACUCUUAUGAAGAAAUAAGUAAAGAUUAAUGAAAUUAAAGAUACUUCUAAUCAAAAAGAAUUAUAACAGAAUUUCGAUGCUAAGAAAAUUUUUGAAAAAAGAUUUGAAUCGAAAACAAAUGGUUGGGAUGUUUCAAAACAUGUUAUUACAAGCACUGAGAAUAAUAUAAAUUCAGUGAAAACCCCUAUUGAAUUGCAACCAAUUGAUUAGCUUUAAUAACUUAUCAGAGACCCAAAUUAAAGGACCAUCAAUAGUUAUUUUAUGCCAAAAGGCCUUUAGAAUUAGCCAAAUUAACUUUUAUUAAAACUAUAAGGUAUUGAUAAUUCAUAAAUCAAAUAAUAAAACCAAAAUAACCCAAAGGAGAAACAAGGUUUUUUAUAAAGAUGUGAAGAUGGUUCUAUGAAAUAUAAUAAAGAUAUCGGUAAGUCUCUUAAGUAAUCUGGGAAGGAUUAAUAAAACAAUCAGAAAAAACCAAAUCUUCAAGAGAUUAAAUAAUCGUAUCCAGAUUUAUAGUAAUAGAAAUACUAAAAGUUAUAAGAAGUAGUUAAAAAAAGUCUUCAUUAGCAAGAAUAAAAAUAGCAGUAACCUAUAAGUAAUAGAGAGAAGGAAAGAAAGAGGCUCGAAAUGUAAUUAUAAAUCUUAGAUAACCCAUUAAUCAAACAAUAAGGUUAAAAAGAAACAGAAGAAUUAUUAAAUGAGGAUAAACAUGAAUUUAGAUCAAUUAAAAUUGAAAAAAAGACGGUUGCUGAAUCUCAAAGAUUAUCCAAAUAUAAAAUGAUCUUAGAUAACAAUGCAGGGGAUUCAUUUUAGAUUGGGAAGCCUAUUUUUGAAUUUAAUAGAUUACUAAACUAUUUGUUCGUGAAGAAUUAUGAUAUUCCUGAUAUUGCAGAUUAAGAGCACAAGGUCAUACCAAAUAAAUUUGAAAGUGCAGAGGAGUACUGUAAGAUUUUUGAAUACUUGUUCUUGAAUGAGGCGAGUGCUUAGAUAAAAUAAGAAUUAAUCGAAUUUUUGAAAAAAACUGAAAAAACAACUAAAUAUCGUAAAAUAUAAAUAAUGAUUGAUGAAAAUGAUAAUGAAUCGUAAGGAACAAUUUUCGUUAUGAGAGGACCUCAAACGAACUAAUAAUCAGAACCAUUUGAUAAUAAAAAAUAGAGAGAAAAAGAAGAUGCAGAUUAAAGCCAAUCAGAAGAUUAAUAAUUCUGUUUUGACACUAUAAAAGAUGGAGUAUGCGAUUUGACAGCUUAUAAAAAUUAUAUUUUCGUAAUUUCAAGCAAAAUAAAAAUUAAGCUUAGAUAAAUUAAUUAAACACCUAGAGAUAAUGAUAUGGUCUUUUUUGGAAUAUUGAUAGACCCUUAAAAAGCACAAUAUUUGUAACAAAUAAGAAUUCAAACUUUUGUAAAAAAGUAAAGUUUAAAUGCAAAUUAAUGGUAUAAUGUUUUUUUAUUUCCUUUUUCUAAAAUUACAACAUCAAUUCGUGAAUAUUAGAUGAUAACUAAGUUAAACCAAAAAACUCCACUGGCAGGAUUAAUUUAUAAUCCAACCGCUUAAUAAGCAUUGAUUGGUUCAGAUAUAGGAGGAGGUUGGACAGUUUAAUUUCAAAAUCAAAUUCAAAAUAAAGAAUUGUUAGACCCCUUUUUUCAAAUUGCAGAUCAAAAAUAUAAUGAAACUCAAGCAAAUUCAAUAAAAGAGAUUAUCUUGAAAGAAAAAGGAAUUUGUUUACUAUAAGGACCGCCAGGGACUGGGAAGACACACACAUUAAUUGGAUUAUUAUCUGGAGUAUAUGAAUAUAUGAAAUUGACGAAUAAAUUUCCCAGGAAAAAAAUAUUAAUUUGUGCACCUUCUAAUGCAGCAAUAGAUGAGAUUAUAUUAAGAAUCCUUUAAAAAGGAGGAUUAUUUGAUUCAUAGGGCAAUUCCCGAUAGGCGAAUCUUAUACGAAUUGGUUUGCUUGAUGAGGAAAAUGUUCAUUCUGACAUCAUUAAGAAAGUUUCAUUAGAAGACUUAGCAUAACACAAGUUAUUUUCAACUUAAAAAUUUAAUGCUUAAUAAGAUUAAAAGACAACUGCAGAUCUAAGGAUUGAAUUGUGCUAGAUUCAAAAUCACAUAAAAAAAUUAGAAAAAAAAUUGAAUUAGCAUGGAAUACCUGGAGAGGAGAGGAGAAUAAUAAAGGAGCAAAUUAAUUAAUUUAGUGAUUUAAGGAAAAGUAAAUAAGAGUACUUAGAUAAGACUAGAGAGAAUAAAAAAAUGUACAAAGAAUACUAUAAUUAAUUUUGUGAAAAGUUAUUGAAUGAUGCUGAAAUCAUUUGUAGUACUCUAAGUUCCAGUGGAUCUGAUAAGUUAUCUAAAUAUUUGGAUUAGAUAGAAUUGCUAAUAGUUGAUGAAGCAGCUUAAUGCACUGAACCAUCUAACAUCAUCCCUUUAAGAUUAGGGAUAUAGAAGAUGAUUUUGAUAGGUGAUCCAAAGCAAUUACCUGCUACAACAUUUUCGCCAGUUUCUAAUUAAACUUUAUAUAAUAGAAGUCUAUUCGAGAGAAUUCUAGAUAACAAUUUUUAACCUUAUUUCCUAGAUAUUUAAUAUAGAAUGCACUCUGAGAUAAGAAUGUUCCCAUCAGAGUAUUUCUAUUAAAAUAAACUAAAAGAUCAUGAGUCAACAAAUAACAGAGAUUUACCAACGAAUUUCUUUAAAAACAGAGUGUUAUUUUUAGAUAUACUUGAUGGUUAAGAGCAGAAGGAUGGAACAUCAAACAUUAAUGAAUAAGAGGCCUCUAUUAUAGUAAAUUCAAUUAAAUGCAUAAAAGAAGAAUUCCCUACUCAAACUAUUGGUGUGAUUUGUGCCUACAAAUCGUAAGUGAGAUAUAUUAAAACAUUGCUUAAGUAGAAAUAUUCUGAUGAAAGCCUAUUUGAUCAUUCAACUAUUAGUAUCAAUACAGUAGAUUCAUUUUAAGGUUAAGAGAAAGAUAUUAUAUUAUUUAGUUGUGUUCGUUCGUCAUAAACAGGAGGAAUUGGAUUUCUAAAUGAUGGUAGAAGAAUGAAUGUUGCUUUGACAAGGGCUAAAAAUGCUCUAUUUAUCCUUGGAAAUGCUAUCACUUUAUCAAAAAGUGAUUUAUGGAAAUCAAUGUUAAAGAAUAUUUAAAAAAGGGGGCUAUAUCGAAAUCUCGAGUCCCAACAGUUUUAAUUUCAAUAGAUUUUAAAAGAUGAAUGGAGUGAGUAGAACAAAACACUCUCUCCAAAGCUUAUUGCCAAUCUUAAUUAAUCAUCUUCAGGAAAUCAUGAAAAAUCAACAUACAACAUUUCUGACUUUAAGGUUGAAGUGGCCAAGAAUAGAAAAAUAGAUUCUAAGUAAAAUUAUGAAAUCAAGAAAUAACACAAUCAAAAAGAUAUCAAUGAAAAAGAAAGUUAACAAAAAUAUAAAAUUAUUGUAAAUAACAAAGAGAAGGAUAGAAGUACUUCAGAAUAUUAAAUAUCUAAAUAAAUAAUGAAAAAUCACGAAAGCUGCAAUCAAUAAAAUUAAAUCAUUAAGCAUAAUCAGGAUAAUUAAAAAAACAAUUAUUUUCAAAUACCUAAAGAUACAAAAGGUGAAUAAAAUAAAAAAGAAUAGGCGAAUGCUUAGUUGUAAAGUAAAGAGCAUUCGAGUCAUGAAGACUUUGAUCUGAUUAGAUGCCUACGUGAGGAAGGCUUUUUAUGA